AUGAAGGAUCCUCCUCAUGUGCUGCAGAGGCUAUACUUUGGUGAUACUGAACAGAGCAAACACUUCCUUAGUAAUAUUCGAAGAUAUAACAACAUGUUCUGCUUCACGUCUUUGGGCGGUAGAAUUGAUAGGUCACUCAACACCGGUAAUGCUCCUCCAGUGUUUAGGAUUAGUGGUCAAAAUUAUCACUGCAUUGGAAGCUUGGUUCCAAUAGAUGGUUCGAUGCCAAAAUUUGCGCAACUAUAUAUUUACGACACAAAUAACGAGAUUAAGAACCGCAUCAAUUCUGUCAGAGGGGAAAGUAAUUUAGGGGAUAUCAAUGAAGAGAUUGUUGUCGAAUUGAAGAACAUGCUAGACCAAAAUAAUGUCUUGGUCAACUGUUUCAGAAUGGCAAGAACUGAGAUCCAAUCUAAUCCAGUUAUUGAGGUUAAGAUGAAUUUAAUAGGCAAGCGGAACAAAGAUGGAAGGACCUACAAUUUACCUACCGCUCAUGAGGUAGCUGCACUUAUUGUCGGGGAUAUUGACCCAUCAAUGGGAGAUCUAGACAUAUUGAUUGAGACCAGAACUGGACAGUUGAAGAGAAUAAAUCAAUUGAACCCCGCAUAUCUGCCACUACAGUACCCUUUAUUGUUUCCCUACGGUGAAGAUGGCUAUCGCGAAGACAUUAUAUUCUCUGAUGCAUGGCGUCAAUGUCAUCCUCGUGGAAGGAUAAGAAUUAGCCCUAAAGAGUAUUUCUCAUUUUAUAUACAUGAGAAGGUAAAUGAGAAGCAUACAUUGUUGUAUUCUAGGAGGUUAUUCCAACAAUUCUUGGUUGAUGCGUAUACAAUGAUUGAAUCUGCACGCUUGAUCUACAUUAGAACUCAUCAGAAGGCGUUGCGUUGUGAAGCUUAUCAAGGGUUGAGCGAUGCAUUGACAAGAGGAGAAUUAGACCCUGCAGCUCGAGGUAAAAGAAUUAUACUCCCAUCAUCAUUCACAGGUGGAGCUAGGUAUAUGAUUCAAAACUAUCAAGAUGCUAUGGCAAUAUGCAAGCACAUCGGUUAUCCACACAUAUUCAUUACAUUCACUAGCAACCCAAAGUGGCCUGAGAUUGAACGGUAUGUUACACACCGUGGCCUUAAAGCAGAUGAUAGACCUGACAUCAUUUGUCGUGUGUUUAAGAUGAAACUUGAUGCGAUGAUUGAAGACAUCAAAACAGACAAGUUGUUUGGCGAUAUAUGUGGAGUUAUCUACACGAUUGAAUUUCAAAAAAGAGGUCUCCCUCACGCGCAUAUCUUGCUAUUUGCCAAAAGAAUGAAUAGGCCAAAUUCUGCGAACGAAAUUGACGCAUUGAUCUCAGCUGAAAUACCAGACCCAGAUGUUGAUGCAGAAUACCAUCAUGCAGUCAGUGAAUUCAUGUUGCACGGACCCUGUGGAGAACUUCGGAAGAAUUCGCCCUGCAUGGUAGAUGGUAAAUGUUCAAAUUAUUUUCCAAAAAAACAUGUUACUCAUACGAUUUUGGAUAAAGAUGGUUACCCGAUUUACAGAAGGCGUGACAAUGGGCGCACAAUCAAUAAGAAUGGAAUUAAACUUGAUAAUCGUUACGUCGUCGCGCAUAAUAGACAUCUGCUCCUAAAAUAUCGCGCACAUAUUAACGUUGAAUGGUGCAACCAGUCUAGGUCUAUUAAAUAUUUAUUCAAAUAUGUGAACAAAGGAAAUGAUAGGGUCACAGCAGAAUUCAUGAGUAGUUCAGUGAAUGCUCUCAAUGGUGAUGUGGUCGAUGAGAUUAACAUGUACUACGAUUGUCGCUAUAUAUCAGCAUGUGAAGCCACGUGGCGGCUAUUUGGAUACUGGAUACAUUAUCGAAUCCCACCUGUAGAGAGGUUAAAUUUCCACUUAGAGCACCAGCAGAAUGUUGUAUAUGGUGAAGAUCAGCCCUUGGAUCAGAUUGUGGAGAACCAAACAGUUAAGCAGAGUCAGUUCAAAGCUUGGUUUGAGGCGAACAAAAAAUACGAAGAGGCCCGGUCACUCACUUAUGCUGAGUUCCCCAGUAAGUUUGUUUGGAAGCAAGAUCUGCGUGAAUGGCAGCCAAGGAAAAGAGGUUACUCCAUAGGACGAUUGUUUUAUGUUCCGCCAGGGUGUGGAGAAUUAUACUACCUUAGAUGCCUUUUAAAUUUGGUACGAGGACCUUCUAGCCAUGAGGAUAUUCGCACUGUUGCAGGGGUCAUUCAUAAUUCGUUUAGGGAUGCGUGUUAUGAAUAUGGAUUAUUAGAUGAUGACAAGGAGUAUAUUGACGGCAUUACUGAUUCGAGUUACUGGGCAUCCGCGUAUGCUUUGCGAAGGUUAUUUGCUACGCUUCUCACUUCAAGUUCAAUCAGUAGGCCAGAAGUAGUUUGGAAUGCCGUUUGGGAAUUUCUUGCCGAGGAUGCACAGGUUCAGCGUCGACGUGUCAUGCAGAAUUCAAAGUUGAUGUUAUCGGAUUCAGAUAAAAAACAGUUCGCUUUGGUGGAAUUGGAGAAGUUACUAUCUUUGUGGGGGAAAAGCCUAAAGGACUUUCCAGAAAUGCCAAUUCCAGACGAAAGUAGCAUGUGUUUGAGUGAAAACAUGUUGAUAGCUGAAGAGUUGGCAUAUGACAAGGAAUCGUUGAAGACAGAGCAUGAAACAUUGGUAACACAAUUGACUGAUGAGCAAAAGAAUGUUUAUGAAUCUGUCAUGAAUGAUAUUGAUUCCAAUGGAGGUGGAUUGUUCUUUGUGUAUGGUUACGGAGGAACAGGCAAGACGUUUCUGUGGAGAACGUUAUCGUCAAAGAUAAGGAGUCGCGGUGAUAUUGUUCUGAAUGUUGCUUCCAGUGGAAUAGCAUCUUUGCUCUUACCGGGAGGUAGGACGGCACAUUCUAGAUUUGUAAUACCGCUCUCUUUGAACGAAGAUUCCACGUGCAACAUAUCGCAAGACAUCGGAGAUGGGAUUGCUGGGGUUGUAAACGGCGGUUUAUCUGAGAUCGAUAUUCCACCACAAUUUUUGUUGAAGUGUGGACACGAUCCCAUAGCAACUAUAGUGGAGAGCACCUUCCCAAGCUCGAGAUAUGUGAUUGUUUUCAGCAACAAGAACAGAGAUGAACAGAGUUUGAACACCAACUGA